AUGAUCCCUAAACUGUCAGGAACACUCCCAGGUCUGACCACACGGGGGCGCCACAGCAGCAGUUUUAAACCUCCCCCCUCUGCAGGAGCGUCUGAGAUCUUCAUCUCAGAAAACUUCUCCACACUCAGAGGAAACUGAAACAGUCGAUCUCCUGAAAGAGGAGGAGGAGGAGGAGGAGGAGGAGGAGAGGGAGGACUUCAGUCUGACCUCAAUACUGCUCUGUCACCUGACUGAGUCAGAGGUCAAAGGUCAGGCUGGAAGGAGAGUGUUAAACUGUUAAGUCUCUGAGCAGGUCAAACACUGUGAGCAGGCGACUGUUUCUCUGCUGACCUCAUUAGACCUCAGAGACGUCAGGAAAACCCCGUCAGAGUCCAGAAAACCAGACCUGAACGUGGUUCCAUCCACGGAGGAGGAGGAGGAGGGUGCAGAUCUACUGAGGACUCCUGCUGCACCUGAGACCCCAAAUAAAGAAAACACAGAAGACCUCCGUCCACCUGUGAGCCGUGUCAUGAUGUGUUUCUGGUUCUGA